AUGGAAGUCAAGUACAAACAAAGAAAAGAUUGGUAUGAGCAUGGAGAGCACAUCACUAAUGAAGACAAAGUAGAUGAAAUAAUCAACAACGAUGCAUUCAAUUUAUAUAGAGCUACCCACUUUUUAGAUAAAGACUAUAUGGAGCCUAAUCAAUUUGUUAAUCAAAACUGCAAUGAGCCAAUGGAAGGUAAACAUGAUGAUGUUUUUAUAGAAAAACUAAAAGAUGCAGAGACCCCUUUGUAUUCCAAUGGUUCAAGGCAUAACAAAUUAUCAGCUAUUGUAGCUUUAUUCCAACUUAAAAUUCGUAAUGGGUGGUCAGAUAGAAGCUUUAAUGAUCUUCUCGAUACACUAUCAGAAUUGCUACCUGAAGACAAUGUACUUCCAAAAUCAUUGUACUUGAUGAAAAAAUUCCUCAAGGAGUUUGAUAUGGGGUACGAAAAAAUCCAUGCGUGUUUGAAUGAUUGCUGCUUAUUUAGAAAAGAGUACGAGGACAUGGACAACUGUCCAAAAUGCGGUGAUUCAAGAUGGAAGAUGAAUAAAAGAUCCAAAGUGGUAAAAAAGGGAGUUCCCGCUAAAGUUUUAAGAUAUUUUCCUAUUAUUCCAAGAUUUAGAAGAUUGUUCAAGUCAGAAAAGAUGGCUGCAGACCUGAGGUGGCAUUUUAAUAAUAAAAGUAAUGAUGGAAAAAUGCAUCAUCCCGUUGAUUCUGUAACUUGGGAUUUAGUUAAUGAUAAGUGGGAAUCAUUUGCAAUUGAACCACGAAAUCUUAGACUUGGUCUUUCCACCGAUGGUUUCAAUCCGUUUUGUCCAAAGCAACCUGGAAAUGAUAUAGAUGUAUACUUACAACCCCUCAUAGAUGAUUUAAAAGUAUUGUGGCACAAUGGGGUGGAGGCAUAUGAUGCAUUUAGUAAAACAAUAUUCAAUCUUAGAGCAAUUUUAUUGUGGACCAUAAGUGAUUUUCCGGCGUAUGGUAAUCUUGCUGGAUGUUGCACAAAGGAAAAUGGAAUGAAGCCGAGAAUCUUGACAGGUCGAAACAUUUUUGCUGCUCUUGAAAACUUUCAAAAUAAUUUCGGAAAAGAUGAUGAUCAAGAUGAGCUCGGACGAUGGAAGAAAAGGUCAAUUUUUUUCGAUUUACCAUAUUGGAAGGAACUUCCGUUGCCUCAUAAUUUAGACGUAAUGCAUGUAGAGAAAAAUAUAUGUGAAAGUAUAAUAAGUACAAUUUUACAUUGUGGAAAGUCAAAAGAUGGGAUUAAUGCUCGGAAGGAUUUAGAAGAUAUACAAAUACGAAAAGACCUGUAUCCACAACCUCGAGGUAGUAGAACAUAUCUUCCACCAGCUCCGUGGACAUUAUCAAGGUCUGAGAAAAAUAAAUUCUGCAAGAGAUUGUAUGAUUUCAAAGGACCUGAUGGUUAUUGCUCAAAUAUUGGGAAGUGUGUAUCGUUGGAAGAUUGCAAGGUUAUUGGGCUGAAGUCCCAUGAUUACCAUGUUCUAAUGCAACAAUUACUUCCAGUUGCUUUACGAGGACUGCUCCCAAAAGGGCCUAGAAAGGCUGUACAUAGAUUAUCUAUUUUUUUCCACAAGUUAUGCCAGCGUGUUAUUGACAGAGAGAAAAUUGCAGUCAUAGAGGAUGAAGUUAUUGAGACGUUGUGUAUGCUCGAGAGACACUUUCCACCUUCAUUUUUUGAUAUUAUGGUACAUUUAGUGGUUCAUCUAGGAAGAGAAGCCCGAUUAUGUGGACCUGUUCAUUUUCGUUGGAUGUAUCCAUUUGAGAGAUAUAUGAAAAUACUUAAAGACUACGUAAGAAAUUCUGCACAACCAGAGGGGUGUAUUGCUGAAUCUUAUCUUGCAGAAGAAUGCGUAAGAUUUUGUAGUGAGUUUCUGAAAAACUCAGUAAAAGUGGAAGAAAAAGACGUCCGCAAUGAUGAUUGUGGCAGUGAGAUACCUAUUGACUCAGAGGAUCACUCGAACACGUUAAAAUGGAUUGCAUAUGGUCCACGAGACAACGCUUUGUCUUAUACUGGUUAUAUCAUCAAUGGGCUCCGAUUUCACACCAAAGAUGUUCAUCGAGAAACUCAAAAUAGUGGAGUUAUUUAUGAGGCAACAAGCAUGUGUAGAUCAAGCGCAAAAGAUACUGCACAAGUGGCAGAUUUGGUUACCUAUUACGGACUAAUAACUGAUAUAAUAUUACUAGAUUAUCAUAUAUUUUAUGUCCCUAUUUUUAGGUGUCAUUGGGCAAAUAAAGGAAAUGGUGUUAAGUUUGAAGAUGGAUUUACCCUUGUCAACCUUAACCAAAGUCAAGCAUCAUUUACGAAGGAUCCAUAUAUCUUAGCAUCUCAAGCAAAACAAAUAUUUUAUUCAAGGGAUGAUGAUUCCUCUAAUUGGUAUGUUGUAUUGAAGGCACCACCAAGAGGUUUCCAUGAACUAGAGGCGAUCAUUGAAGAUGAUGAAAAUGUAGAUGUCAAUGUAAUUGCACCAAUUGAAGUUGAUGUGGAAUUUGACGAGUCGAAUGAUGAAGUUAGAUAUGUCAGGGAGGAUUGUGAAGGCAUACUUGAGUAA